AUGCGCGUGGUGCGUUCAUUGGAGGGGUACAACUUAACACCAAGUCUGUCAUUUGAAGAUCGCAGAGCAGUUGAGCAAGUGAUCUCAGCAGCGCUUGCCGAUCUGGGUGGUGUGUACAAGGGGAACUACUACGGCCUACCUGGCAGCGAAAGCUAUAGUGGUACCGAGCUCGGUCGAGACGAGGAGGCUCGGCUGAAGGAGGAAGGCAUCCUACUGCCCGAGCCUGCCUCUACGAUCGUCCUGUCCUCGGGGAUAGGUCGACACUGGCCUGAUGGUCGCGGGAUAUACUAUAACGACACGAGGGAUGUCUACGUAUGGGUUAAUAACAGCGAUCACAUGGAGAUCUCUGCAAAGGCUCAAGGAGAUGCCGUGAAGGAGACCUUUGGAAAACUGAUGGGUAUGGUUGGUGAUGUAGAGAAAACACUACAGCGUCAAGGUAGCCGCGGCUUCGCCCAUGAUGAGCAUUUUGGGUACCUGUCAACCUGCCCUAGCAAUCUUGGUACGGGUCUCAGGAUCCUACUGGAGAUGCGCUUACCCAAUCUGAUGAAUCGAUCUGAGUUCCGAGAUAUCCUCAGAGUACUCGGGCUGCGAAUGUUCGUCACUGAGCCCGACAGUACUGUGUGCUGCAUUGAAAAUACUCAGAGAGCUGGUCGAACCGAGGUGGAGCUCACGAAUGCCUUCAUAGAGUCGUGUAGAAAAUUGGUGACGUUAGAAAGCUGCCUCGAAAGAGGCUCUAAUGUGGAGGAUGAGAUGAAAACCAUGUUAGCGAAUGCUUAG